AUGGUGUCUAUUUCUGAGCAGGAAUAUGAAAGGGGAAAACAAAUUUUUGCGGAUAAUUCAGGUGAGCGUGCUGCUCUACUGUAUCUCCUUUGAUUACUGGCUUUGCAACAGCUGCAAAUCAGCGAUCGAGGUAUUGCGCAAAAGUUGGCACAAGAGCACUCGUCCCCAGACCUUGAGAUAAGGAGGAUACCCGGUCUCCUACCGGUCUCAAAUUUUUUUUUUUUCGGCCCAUCGGGCUUUAGUUUGGUCUCAAAAUAAGGGGGGGGGGGGGGGGGGUGGAAAAAAGAAUUUGUGGGAUAGAUCGGUGGGUGCGGUCUCUCUUUGGUUUCCCCUUUUGUUUUAGUGUUUGCCACAAAGGGAAAAAAGGGGGACGGGGGAUGGGCAAAAAGUUGCCAAAAGGCCCCCCCCCCCCCACCCUUGAAAAAAAGGGGAACCCCGGCUCCCCCCCCGUUUAAAAUUUUUUUUUUUUCGGCCCCGGGGGUUUUUUUUUGGGCCAAAAAAAGGGGGGGGGGGGGGGGUGGUCGUUCCCUGGCUCCUCCCCUAGAUCCGCCUCUGGGUUUUUCGUUUAAAAUCGAUUUUUAUUUUUUCUGGUCCCGUUCAGGUCAGUUCAGGUCGGUCUCUGAAAUACUAUUCUUCGUUUUCACGGUUUACUGAUUUAAAUCCUUCGGAGAGUAGGAAAAAUUCUUCCUUGUUAAUUGUGUUGUUCUCAACGCUAAAAAGAAGCAACUAUCGUAUUUCUUUAAGCGAAGCCAUUCAGUGCAGUCUACCUACUUCGGCGAGGAGCUGAGACGGGAGCUUGCUCAAAGGUGGACGACGUUCUCGACCCAGACCUCAUUCGUCUUCUCUCGUCGUCGUCCUCAAACUCGUCCUGGCUGCUUAAGGUCCCUAAUAAUAACGAGAAACAACUAACCUGUUGAUGUGUCUCAAGGGUUUGAUAGUGGAUCUUUUGUAAUUUCCCUGCUAGUUGGUGAAACAGCAGCUGGUGAUGAGAAACUAUUGAAAGAUUUGCCCUCUGAAGGUUACCAGAAGCUACUAGAACACUUACAACGAUUAUCAGCCACCGGAAGAGACUACAGGUCAUUAGCAGACAGAAUGGGAUACUCAAAUCAGUUCAUUCAGUGGCUUGGAAGUACAGAUAAUCCUGUUAUGAACUUAUUAAGAAAAUUCCGGGAAAAUGACAGGAAAAUUUCAGAGCUGACAUCUUUGCUAAAAGAGAUGGAACGGUAUGACGUGCUAGAGGACCUUCAGCCAUAUAUAGGUUAGUGAAAUGCAACCUAAAAACUUGGGCUUAUUGUUUGUUUAACUUGAGGUCUCCCGGUUGAUACGGACACCAAGAGGUCAUGUUAUAGUGUCCCUAUUAUCCGGGUGUCCGUAUUGAGCAGGCUGUCAGAAAAAAUGUCACAAACAACUGUUUGAAGACUAAAACAGACAUUUUCACAGCGAGGAAACAUUGUCUCAUUUCUUAUCUGUAAUAAUUAACUUUAACAAGUUGAUCCCGAAGAAUAAUCCUCACAACAAUUUAUCAUAAAACUACCUUUCAAAUACAUUGUGUGGUGCAUUUGUCUUGACAUACAACAAUGGAGUAGGUAACUUAAGUUUGUAUUGUGCUUUUAGUUUUGUGGCUCAGCCAGAUGGACUCAACACAGAAAGUGUGUGUUUGAAAGGUCAUUUGCCGUUUCUGUUAGAUUUUCACUGGCAAGAUAUGUUCAGUCUUAGACACGACGUAGAUUAAACAGUGUCCGUAAAGUGAGGUUGACGAUAACUGAGAGUAGGUGACACGGGAGAUAGAAUUUAGUGUCAUUUGUCUUUAUUAAUCGGUGCCCAUAUUAAGUGUGUUGAAAAUUGUUGUUUCCAACGGGUUAUUUGUGGAGGGGACUGUUAUUCAGCAAACUGAGUAGUCAUUUUUCUUGUUAUUUUGUUUUGUUCACUCAGAUGCAACUCCUACCAAAAGUCAAACAGAGAAAUGUCGGCAAAAGCUUGGUUUGUACAAUUUCUAA